AUGGGUUUGAUAGAAUCCAUAAAUAGAACAGUGCCAGAUAAAAUUAAUCGCAGGCAAGAGCAAGAUGCUGCAUGCUGGAUGCAGAGUUUUGAAUGGUUUGUUAAGCUCACUGACUCUGGACAGGAGGAGGACAUCCCUGGGAUGACAACGGAAUUGUUUUGGAGACUAGUGGAUAACAGUGAAGCAGUCAGUGAGGUGGAACAUGAUAUGACAGGAGGCAUAAAACAGGGCAAAUGGACUGAUCUCCACCAGGGUGUUUAUAGUGGCAACACCAGCUUUGUGAAAAUGCUGUUACAGCAUGGUGCUCCAAUAGAUGGCAGGGAUGAAUAUGGGUGGACUGCUCUACAUCAUGCAGCAUUUAAUGGCUGUCUGGUGGUGGUUAAGUUUCUCGUUCACCGGGGAGCACCAAUCGAUGCCACAGACACACAUGGCUGGACUGCUCUUCAUUGAGCUGCAUGGAAUGGGCACAGCCAGAUUGCUGAGUACUUGCUGCAUCGGGGAGCUUUGACAAGUGCACGUACCAGUUCUGGGCAGACACCAUUGCAUUGUGCAGCUGCAAGUGGGCACAUAUUGACCUUGCAGCAACUCCUGAGCUACGGUGCCAGCCAAGACACGUAUGAUGCAAGACGCUGGACUCCAUUGCACUGGGCAGCGAGUGAUCAAGCCCACAUAGUAGAAUUGCUACUUUCGAAAGGAGCUUCAGUCAAUUAUACAACAAGUGACAACAUGACAGCUUUGCAUCUGGCAGUGGAAGUUGGAAACAGAGAAAUUAUUCAAUUGCUGCUGGACAACAGAGCCUGGCUCAAUGCUGAAGGUGCUGUGGGAAGGACUGCAUUAUCAAUUGCUGCUGCUAAUGGCCAUCAGGAGGUAAUCACAGACUUACUUGCACGUGGAGCUGUAGACAGUAAUAGAGUUUCUGCUCUUCAAGCUGCAGCAGUGAGGGGUCAUCUCCGAAUAAUGGAAGUGCUGACAUAAAGAGGGAUCAGUGUGGACAUCAGAGACAGCUUGAAGAUGACAGGGCUUCACCGAGCAGCAGAGAGAGGUGACACUACAGUUGUAGAAUAUCUAAUAAACCAUGGAGCUGACAUUGAAGCCCAGGGCUGGCUGCAGAAAACUCCACUCCACCUGGCCACCGAGAAGGGGCAUGAGCAGACCAUCCACCUCCUGCUAAGCAAAGGGGCAAAUAUGGAAGCCACUAAUCAAUGGGAUGAAACUCCUCUCACUGUAGCAUCAGCACAUGCCUUGGAAAAGUCUUCUGGCUUAUUUGGAAAAACCAUUUCUGAAAUGCGAAAAUGA